GUUUAGUUAUGGUAGACCAGAUCUAUGCAGCUCUAUAGAUCAUCGGUUAUUGUUAUUUAGUAAAAACUUGAAUGAAACUGAAGAUAACCGAUAUUUUUAUUCUAAUGUUGUCCAGAUAAAAAUAUAACCAAUACAACCACCUGCCAAAUUUGAACUAAACGGUAACCUAGCAAGUGCGCGAUACAGUGAAAGCGAAGUGAAGACGUCAGCAGAGAGGAUUUGAUAUUUGAACUUAGUGGAGUUCGUGGAAAACUAGUGUGUAUUAUUUCAUUUGGAAAUAGCUUUGGAUAAAGGUGUAAGAAAUGCGUCUAAAGACAGGAAGAACAAAAGAAACUUCUAAGGAAAAGAAACAAAGGAGAAAAGAGUUUCAAGAAAUUCAAAAACAAAUUAAAACCAUUGUAUUACCUGGAUUAAUAGCAAUUGCUUUGUUAAUAACUGUCUAUGUUUACUUGAAAACAAGGCCAAAAAAUAGUUAUGUGGACUGAUACAAACAAGUUUUGAGAAAUGUAAAUAUUCAAGUUAUUUUUAAAUAUAUUAA